AUGACCAUGGAAUGUACUCGGAAGAUCGCUGUGUCCGUGGAUUGCGGAACUACUCAUACGAGUGUUGCAUGGAUUCAUCCCGACUCUACGAAUGUGAGAUUUAUCGACACUUGGCCCGGAACGCAGACCCGUUCGACGCGUGUCCCGACCCGCAUCGCCUACAGUUUCAAGAAGCGAGUCCUCCAAAACGCGGCAUGGGGAUACAUGAUUACCGAAGAUCAUGUAACUUCUUCCUGGGUUAAGCUCCUCUUAGAACCUGAAGUAACGGAAAAGAUCAUCGCCGAUGACAACAAGCAGUGGAAAGAUUCCGUGGGAAUUUUCCACCGGCCUGGAGGCAGGGACCCUACCAGUAUCAUUAGAGACUUCUUGGACCGCCUCAGGAAAUAUUGGGAGACUCACAUUAAGAGAAAAUGCAAUGACAACGACCUUGGGAUAUUGCCAUUUGCAUACAUUCUGACUGUACCGGCGACAUGGUCGGAAGUAGCUAUAAGCUCCAUGAAGAAAGCCGCCCGGGCAGCAGGUUUUCGCGGAAUUGCUGGAGACGACACUCUCGUCCUCUCUGAGCCAGAAUCAGCACUGACAACAAUGUUAUGUGAUCCGUUGAUUCCCAUUCAGGCGGGAGACGGAGUCCUUGUCUGUGACUGUGGAGGUGGAACGCUUGAUAUUGGCACCUACGUCAUCUACCAGAAAGAGAUUGGGGACUACAGAACUGUAAGCAACUACACAGAUCCUUUGGGGGGUAGCACUAUGAUAGACCGGGAAUAUUACGCUGUCGCGUCUGAAAAUUUGAAGUCGAAGAAGUUGAGUCGCUCGGUCUUUUCCCCAACUGGUCGUUUAAUGAGCGAUGUUGAGUCAGCCAAACGUGACUUCGAAGGCACCAUCGGUCAAGAAAUUGGCGAUAUACAAUAUCGUACAUCGACAGGUUUUCGCAAUAACAGUUAUCCUCUCAUAGUGACAAUCUGCGAUGUUCUGACAGCGCAGAUUAAUCGAGCACAUGACUUGAUUGGACGCCCAGUAAUCAAGCACGUUUACGUAUCCGGCGCGGCGGCACACUCCGUCUAUCUUUAUAACGCCAUUCAAAGGCUUUUCGCGAACUCGCAGAUAACGGUCACCCGACACCAAACGCCAGAGACUGCUGUAGCUGAAGGCGCUGCUCGCUGGGCGUACAGGAACCUUCUUUCGGUUGAACAGCUCGACCGUCAUUACGGUGUUGAGUCCUCUGGCCCUCCAGUUGGUGCCAAGGACCUCAAUAACCAAGAACCUCGAGCGCCUCAGGGUCAUCCCGUGUCUUGGGGGGACCGGUGCUCAAUUGGCGAAUUGCGAACCGCCACAUUUACCUGCCGGGUCUUUCAAGAUUUCCCUUUCGCAGUUAUCAACAUUUACGAUGCAGUACCGAGGCCUGUGGGCGGACAAAACAAUGCGAUAUACGGUUCGAAGAACUUUCAUUUUCUCAUCUUUGUGACCCAAUCUUUGUGA